UCUAAGAAUAUACACACACACACACACACACACACACACACAUACACAUACACGUCAGAAACAAACAAGAACAUGGAGGUUCUGAAGAGGUGGAAGUCAGAUUGGAGCUAUCCCACCACUCUGCUCUGCAUUUAUGGAUUUUUUAGCACCGUUAAGCCGCUGGAGCCUUUUCUCACACCAUAUCUGACAGGACCAGACAAGAAUCUAACAACUGAACAGGUCAACAACCAGAUCUUCCCUGUGUGGACGUACUCCUACCUGGGAGUCUUGGUGCCGGUGUUCCUGCUCACUGAUUGGCUGCGAUACAAGCCCGUGGUGGUCUUCCAGGGUGUGAUGCUCUUCGUCACCACAGCACUGAUGAGGUGGACAGCAAGCGUUCCAGCCAUGCAGGUCAUGCAGUUCUUCUACGGGGUGGUGACAGCCAGCGAGGUGGCCUACUUUUCCUACAUCUACAGUGUUGUGGAUUUGAAAAGAUACCGGAAGGCCACGUCUUACAGCCGAAGUGUUCAGCUGCUGGGAUUCACGAUAGGCUCAGUGUUGGGUCAGCUGAUUGUCAGCUUUAAUCUCAUGUCCUACAACAACAUGGUGAUCUUUACUUUAGUUCUCACGGCCAUUGCCCUCUUCACCUCCUGUUUUCUGCCAAUGCCUCAGAGGAGUAUGUUCUUCCACCGAAAACACCCUAGAGAAGCUCAGUCAGUGGAAGGGGUGAAGGGAACGGUGGAGGCAGAACAAAGAUCUGGAUCCCUGGAUGAAAUGCGGGGUGAAAAUGUGCAGAAAGUAGAGACUAAAGAUGCAGAAGAAGAUGAGGGGGAGUCUGACGGUGCCAAGAGCUGCAGUCAGGUCAUCCUCCAGCUGUGGAGGGACUUCAGACAGUGUUAUUCCUCCAGACAGCUGCUCUACUGGUCACUGUGGUGGGCGAUGGCCACAUGUGGAUACAACCAAACUGUCAACUAUGUGCAGGUGCUGUGGGAGCACAUAGAGCCCUCCCAGAACUUCAGCAUUUACAACGGGGGAGUGGAAGCAACAUCCAACCUGUUGAGUGCAGCGACGGCCUACGGAAUAGGCUUCACUGAUGUGAGGUGGGAGCAGUGGGGGGAGCUUGCCUUGGGCGGUUUCUCUGGUCUCGGCGCAGCUGCUUUGUUUCUCAUGACUUUCACGGGCAACAUCUGGGUCUGCUACAGCAGUUACGUCGUAUUCAAGUGUCUGUACAUGCUGCUGAUAACAAUAGCUAUGUAUCAGAUCGCAGCGGACCUGUCAAUGGAACGUUACGCUCUGGUCUUUGGGGCAAACAACUUCGGAGCGCUGGCUCUUCAGACAAUCAUCACUUCUGUUGUUGUAGACAGCAGAGGACUGGGCCUCACCAUCAUCCCUCAGUUCACCAUCUACUCCAGCUACUUCGCAGCCAUCUCAGUGGUUUUYUUAGUCAGGGGACUAUUUACAUGUUGGAGACAGCAGAGAAACAACAGAGAAGAACGUCCUGCAGAUAAAAGRGACUCUCUGAAAAGUGAAGAACAUAAAUUCUGAUGUUAAAACAGUUUUGUUGCUCUGAUUUGUGGCCCCAUGUUCAUUUCAAAGUGAACUAAAUAAAACAAAAUAACAGUACCAUAAGAAAGACCAAAUCAAUAAACACUUGGAUUAUUUUCUCUUACUUAAAAUUGAUUUUAAUAUAUAUUCUGUAUAUAUAUUUACACAUUAACUUAAAAUUAUUUAUUAUCCAAUAAAAGUGGUUUUCAGUCCAUUCUUUCUGGUUCCCCAGAUUGUUUUUGUGGUUGUCGUUCUGAAGUGUUUGUGACCAGGGCUUCUGCAAGACCGGAGGAGAUGGCAGAGCAAAGCGUCCAUCUGUUUCUGAUGCAUCUUUUUUUUUUACGUUCAGCAAUAAAAUGUUUUCUUUUUCUUUAGCAAGAACAAUUUACUCAAAAAGUUCUGCACAAAUGAACAGUUUUGUUCUUUACAGAUACAGAAACUGGCAGCAAUGAAGCAACAGCCCUGUCUUAAAUUCUGUUAUACAAAUACUGAUGCGCAAAGAGAUAA